AACAGCACCAAAGUGAAGCGUAAUAACUCGAUCUGCUCCACAACUUCUGUUUCCUCUACGGGAAGCGGGUCUAACAACAAGCAUCCAUGCAAGUUCCCAAGCUGCGAAUGGAGCUUCAAGCGCUACGAGCAUCUGAAGAGACACAUGUUGGUGCAUACAAAGGAGCGCCCAUUCCAAUGCGAAUUUGCAGGAUGUAACAAGUCGUUCAGUCGAUCGGAUAACUUUUCGGCCCAUCUUCGAACCCACUCCAAG